AUGCUUGUGCCCGCGGUCGGUGCUCGUUUCACCUUCUUCUACCCCGUGGGUAACACGCCCGCAACGAACUUGACGCGAAGCGUGCCUCACGGCCAAGAUGCGUCCGUGUUGUCGCUGGGUUGUGGCGACCUGAGAAACAUUUUUUAUACUGCCUAUGUCGACCAGGGUCUUCCUCGCAAUAUUCUGCUACUGACCCUCCUCAUCGAUGGGGAAACUUCCGAUGAUGCGUUGUGGAAUAUCUAUUACCACCUCUACCUUGACGCUGGUGAUGCCGCAAUCGUCCAGAAGCAGCUGGGCAAGCUCCUACCCCUCCUUACUUCACUGGGAUCUUGGAAGAAGAACCAAUAUGGAAGCAAGCUUCGCUUCUGCGACCAGGACACUCUUGACGAUGUUCGCGGCAUAUGCCAGCGUAUGGUACGAGAAGCCAACGACGUCGACCUCGACAAACGACGCUCUGCCCUGACGACGGAGCUUGAACGCUCGCUUGAAAUGAGAAGACGAGCUCUGGGACCCCAUGGUACUGUUGCGACCGGCAUGCGCUCAGCAGCGCCUCUUGCUUUGCAAUCGCGGCAGGAAUUGCCAGAAGCUUUUGACCAGUACUGGAAGGAUGGCACCGUCACAAGCAGGGAUCGAGACACGACGAACGUGGCCAAUCCCAUGUUCUCAGCGCUGGUGAGCGAUAACUCUGUCCUUCAUUACGGUAUCGAUCCGAUUCUCGGCUUUCAUCUUGCUACCGCCUUUGCGCCACUAGGAGACAGGUCUCCCUUGAAGCCUACGUCCGGGCAUGGUCCCAGAGCUGCCCACGCCGCGAAAACCCAAUUCAAGGAAUGGACAGCUGCCUUGAAAAACGCUCUAGUAAAGAGAUUCACCGUGCGAUUCAUAGUGUCGGAUGUCUUUGCGUGCUGCCACAGCCUUCAACAGAGUGCAACGACUGGUCACACCUCCGCAAACCUGUACAGACGUCUCUCCCGGCCACUUCGCCUCGACGCUGAAACCUACAGUGCCAGCACGAAGCUAACGAGUUUCGACGUCAUUGACACAUCGAAUCUUUCGGAUCAUGUAGGGGCCCUGAACAUCCUCGUGGCUACCGCGCCGUUGCUCGCCAACCGUCCUUGGGCCACCAUCUACACUGAGCUUCUUCUCAAGACAGAAGACACCCAACAAAAGUCCUUUGAGAAGUUGUUAUGCGGGCACCCGGCCACUAUGUCACUGUUACUGGGUGUUUCCCCCGUUCAGUUCUGGACUAAUGCAAAGGCAGAGUCGCACGCCGACGAGGUCUUCCUCGGCAUGAUGAACCAGUCUGGGGUCGGCAACGAUACCCAAGUACACAACCGUAUCGCAUGGAAGCAGGACGACCAGUUCUCAAAUCAGCCCCAUGGGCGGGGCUGUCUUUAUAUCGACGCAAAGGCACUGUCGAGGGUUCUGCUGGAGAUAUAUUUGCAAAUUUUCAACAACGAAAGGCUGCAUUCGGAGACUUUGAAGUCGCAAAUGCACAAGAGAGAUGCUGUUUAUGGCCAUUUCCACCGAGGAAGCUUUGCAGCGUUGAUUCAACUGGUGCAGCAGCGUGUUUCCGCUGACAUUUGGCACGACGCUCUGCAUGACCUAGUGGUAAACAUCGCCACUGAUCGCAAUCUUGCCAUGUCUAGCAACUUCAUCCAGGAGCUUAGUGGGCAAAGAUACAUGCUUAGCGGCACAAAAGAAACAUGGAUAGUCAACAAACCUAGUCAACAUGCUCGACAGGGACUCCUCAAGGAUUGGACUGAUAUUCCGCACAUGAUCGCUGUGACGUACGAGGUGCCAAGGAACGCUUUUCUCCGCUUGUUUGAGGGCUCGGAUCACCGCAAGAUGGCUUCGCCUCUGCUCCUCGGGUCUUUGCGAUCGAGUCCUGGGGCAGAUACCCAAUGGCAUAACAUUGCUAGCGGUCUUGAAACAAAGAUGGUCGCUGAUCUAUCCGCCUCGGAAAACUACAUCACAAAGCUGACCGGGCACAUCAACAUCACAUCCGAAAAGGGGCUCAAACUCCUGAAGGACAAGGCGCCUAUUGAGCUGCACCAAAACAGCCCCUUUCUCAUCGAUGUUGUCUUCGGGAAGAACAGCCUCUCCUAUCCUAUCCGAUUCCCUAUUCCAGUGAGCAAAGAGGGAAGCAAAACACGCAUUGCCCGAACGUCGGGGUAUGUUGAGGUCAUUGCGCCGAUUGCUCAGCCGACGAUCUCUCCUUGUCUGGACGACUUUGUGUACCCUGUGAUGCUCACAGGCGAUGGCCUUCCUGCCGCGGUCAACAUUCCCCACAUCAACUUGGACAGUCUGCCAAUCCUUGACUUCUCGCAGCGUGAGAAAGCCUUGCGCGAAUCGGCCAACCAGACGGACGGCAUCUCCGAGGACCCACGCGUCAAUCUCAAGGAGUCUCUGUUUACCAUGUUCAUGCUCGCCACUGGUCUUCAGGGUGACCAGACUGGACUGUUUGCCAUCAACCACCCCGAAAAGGGAGGCAUUCACAUUCUUCUCCUCGUGUCCGCAGUUCGGUUGGACGGCGACGCCGCUGGUGUGGUGAUCGACGCUGCCGCAUUGCCCCUUACACUGGAUCUGGUCCACAAGUGCCGGCCUCUGCUGGAAUCGAUCCAGGAACUCAAGAUGGCGUCCAUGAAAGUCAACGAUGCUGAGCUGAUACUGUGGAAGAAGGUCAUUGCGGCUUCGGUCGAGCGUUGCCGUACUUGGUCCCACAAGCGGAGCUGCGAGUACAAGAAAAAGGGCGCAACGGUUCCCCUGAGCCUGGAGGAUGGAAAGACCUUCCUCUGCUCGUGUGGCAAUGGGGAGUUUCCCAAGGAUCACAUCACUAUUCCGAGCUGGGAGCUCGGAAGGCGGCACGCGGUCCGCGCAGCUUUCAGCCCGACCGACGGUGGGCGAAGCCUGCGGAACCACCAACGGUCAAUCCACGCCUACACUUCCAAAGCAGCGGCGCCAACGUUCACCCCCCCCGAAAAGAACGACCACGAAACUGCCACCAUGUCCGCCGCGCAGCUUCUCAACCCCAAGGCUGAGUCCCGCAGGAGGGGCGAAGCUUUGAAGGUCAACAUCAGUGCCGGUGAAGGUCUUCAGGAUGUCCUCAAGUCCAACUUAGGCCCUACGGGUACCAUCAAGAUGCUUGUCGACGGUGCCGGUCAGAUCAAGCUCACCAAGGACGGCAAUGUCCUCCUCCGCGAGAUGCAGAUCCAGAACCCCACCGCCGUCAUGAUUGCGCGAGCCGCUACUGCCCAGGAUGAUAUCUGCGGUGACGGUACCACCUCCGUCGUGCUGCUGGUGGGAGAGCUCCUGAAGCAGGCCGAUCGAUACAUCUCUGAGGGUCUGCACCCACGCAUCAUCACUGACGGCUUCGAGAUCGCCAAAGUGGAGGCUCUCAAGUUCCUCGACGAUUUCAAGCUGGACAAGGAGGUUGACCGCGAGCUUCUGCUGAACGUCGCACGCACUUCUCUCGCCACCAAGCUCAACUCUACUCUCGCUGCCCAGCUCACGCCCGACAUUGUCGAUUCCGUUCUGGCCAUCUACCAGGCCCCUGCGAAACCCGACCUGCACAUGGUUGAGAUUAUGAAGAUGCAGCACCGUACAGCCGCCGACACACAGCUUAUUCGUGGACUCGCUCUCGACCACGGUGCCCGCCAUCCCGACAUGCCCAAGCGUCUCGAGAACUGCUACAUUCUCACCAUGAACGUCAGCCUCGAGUACGAGAAGACCGAGAUCAACUCUGGCUUCUUCUACUCGAGCGCCGAGCAGCGUGAGAAGCUCGUAGAAAGUGAGCGUCGCUUCAUUGACGCCAAGUUGAAGAAGAUUGUCGAGCUCAAGAAGGAGCUCUGCGGCAACGACGGCAAGAAGAACUUUGUCAUCAUUAACCAGAAGGGCAUCGACCCCCUGUCGCUGGACGUGCUCGCCAAGAACGGCAUCCUGGCUCUUCGCCGUGCCAAGAGGAGGAACAUGGAGCGUCUGCAGCUGAUCUGCGGUGGUGUUGCACAGAACUCUGUGGAGGAUCUCACGCCAGAUGUUCUUGGAUGGGCUGGUCUGGUCUACGAGCAGACGCUGGGCGAGGAGAAGUACACAUUUGUAGAGGAGGUCAAGGACCCCAAGUCAGUCACGCUUAUGAUCAAGGGCCCCAACCAGCACACCAUCGCGCAGGUGACCGACGCGGUGAGGGACGGCCUGAGGAGUGUCUACAACAUGAUUGUCGACAAGAGUGUCGUGCCGGGCGGCGGUGCUUUUCAGGUUGCCUGCGCGGCGCACUUGAAGAGCGACGCCUUUGGCAAGAAGGUCAAGGGCAAGGCGAAGUGGGGAGUCGAGGCGUUUGCGGACGCCCUUCUUAUCAUUCCCAAGACCCUGGCUGCCAAUGCUGGCCACGACGUGCAGGAUGCUUUGGCUGCGCUCCAAGACGAGCACGCUGAUGGCGACGUUGUUGGUCUCAACCUCGAGACCGGUGACCCGAUGGACCCCGAGCUUGAAGGCAUCUUCGACUCGUUCCGCGUGCUGCGUAACUCUGUUGCUUCUAGCUCGAGCAUUGCUUCAAACCUGUUGCUGUGCGACGAGCUCCUGAAAGCGCGACAAAUGGGUCGACAAGGCGGGCCCGGCCCUGCAACCAUGGCCGACUACGAUUCAGAUUCCUCGGAAGGCGAGUUUGAAGAGACCAAUGUGCUGUUGGGGUACGCCUCGAAAGAGGCUGACGAUGAAGAUAUCAUCAGCCGUCUAGGUGGCCGACCUGACUGGCUAGACCCUGAGAAGCCGCCUUCAGCUGCUCUGGCACGAUGCAAAGUUUGCAGUGAUAUAAUGGUGCAGCUUCUGCAACUAAAUGGCGAGCUCCCCGACAAGUUCCCCGGUCACGAACGACGCCUACAUGUUUUCGGCUGUCGCAGGUCGACCUGUAGACGACGGGAUGGAACAGUGCGAGUAUUGAGGGGUGUUAGAGUCUUCAAGGAAGAGGUGCCAAAGCCUGCAAAAGAAGAGAGCGAAGAGCAGCCAAAGAAAGAGCGAGCGAAGUCGGUAGCACUCGGUGACGCACUCUUCGGAGCUUCCAGCUUCGGAAGAGGUGGUUCUACGAACCCAUUUGGGGGGGCUGGUGGAGGCAACGGCAGCGCAAACCCGUUUGCCAAGCCCAGCGAACCUGAGAAGAAGGAAGAGGAGAAACCUAUACCGCAAGAAGUCUCGACGGCCGGGCUCGCAAAGUCCUUUGCCGAGACCCUGGCACUCAACGUCCCGCCUGCGCAAUCACCGCCACCACCAGAGCCCUGGCCGGCGGAGGACAAGAUGCCACAGCCCUACCCGACGCUCUUCCUAGCCGACGCCGAUUACGAGACACUUGAUCCGCAACCUACCAACGUCCCCGAAAAUGCACGCGUAGAAACGGCCGACGCGGAGGAGCCGUCCGCCAUUGAUCGCGAGGCCUUCGAAUCAAGCAUGGACGCUGCGUUCCAGAAGUUUGCCGACAGACUGGCCCAGAACCCCGAGCAAGUGAUCCGAUACGAAUAUGCUGGAACACCGCUGCUAUACAGCAAAACAGAUGCGAUUGGCAAGAAGCUGGCUUCGGGAGGAGGGAUCCCGGGAUGCGCCAACUGUGGUGGCCGGAGGACAUUCGAGGUACAGCUCACACCGCAAGCCAUCGUCGAGCUGGAAGGGGACGACAUGAGUCUUGAUGGUAUGGAGUGGGGGACGAUCAUUGUCGGUGUCUGCGAAAGAGACUGCAGACCACGAGAUACGGAGCUUGGACAAGCAGGUUAUCUGGAGGAAUGGGCAGGGGUGCAGUGGGAGGAGCUUGCGAAAGAGUAG